AUGAAUGUCCAACAACAGCCGAUGUAUGUACCAGAACUUGAGGACAUUUCAUCAGAUGAAGAGACAAUUGAAGAGCAGCCGAAAGAAGCAAACGAAGAAAGAUUGGAAAUAUUAAGUGUAAAUUCGGACCUCAUGGAGGAAUUGCUGGCGGAAAACGGAUUACGUAAUGACUUUGUGGACGAUUUAUUACGCGAGGACACACCAGAUGUUGAAGAAAGUGAAAGUGAGAACGAACAUUCCAUAAACAAUAGCGAACGUAGUGGUAGUGCCGCGGAUGUUCAUCCAGUGACCAUUACACAUUCAAUUGGAAUAUCGUUAACGCGAACAACUACUGUUAUGCCGAACGGGAAUACUGAAGUCGAAAGACAAACCAAUGUGUGUCUUAGCGAAAAUAUCGAUCCAAGUGACGUUGACAUGGACACUCUCAUUCGGGACAUUUUAAGUGAGAUUCCAUUCAUUUCCGUAAUCAGAGAGACAGGAACGUGUAUGGAGAUUUUUCUGAGUGACUUUUGA